CCCAGGCCAGACGAGAAAGAGAGAGCCCGAUAGCGCGUCGCGGUCGUCUAAUCGAAUCGAGGUCUCGUCCCGUGCGCUCCCUUCUCGCUCUCGCUGCCUCUCGGCGACUGCAUCGGCGGCGGCGGCGGCGAUGGCGCACCGGCUGCUGCGGGACGCGCAGGCCGACGGCUGGGAGCGGUCGGACUUCCCCAUCAUCUGCGAGUCGUGCCUCGGCGACAACCCCUACGUCCGCAUGCUCAGAGCAGAAUAUGACAAGGAAUGCAAGAUCUGUGCGCGUCCUUUUACUGUCUUCCGUUGGAGACCUGGUCGGGAUGCAAGGUACAAGAAGACAGAGAUCUGCCAGACGUGCUGCAAGUUGAAAAACGUCUGCCAGGUCUGCCUUCUGGACCUUGAAUAUGGUCUGCCAGUUCAGGUUCGCGAUACGGCACUCGCGAUCAAUUCGAAUGAUGCAAUUCCAAGGAGUGAUGUCAACCGUGAGUACUUUGCAGAAGAGCAUGAUCGUAAGGCUGCAGCUGGCAUAGAUUAUGACUCUUCAUAUGGAAAGGCCCGUCCAAAUGAUACCAUUCUGAAGCUUCAGAGGACUUCACCAUAUUACAAGAGGAACCGAGCUCAUGUUUGCAGUUUCUAUGUGCGGGGUGAAUGUACAAGAGGUGCUGAGUGCCCAUAUCGCCACGAGAUGCCUGAGACAGGGGAGUUAUCCCAGCAGAACAUCAAAGAUCGCUACUAUGGAGUUAAUGACCCAGUGGCUCUCAAGCUUUUGGGUAAGGCAGGUGAGAUGCCAUCUCUGCAGCCACCAGAUGAUGAGACUAUAAGGACCCUCUACAUUGGUGGACUUGAUAACCGAGUCAGUGAGCAGGAUUUGAGGGAUCAGUUUUAUGCACAUGGUGAGAUCGAAUCCAUCAGGAUGGUAAUCCAGCGUGCUUGUGCAUUUGUGACAUACACAACAAGAGAAGGUGCUGAGAGAGCUGCAGAGGAGCUUGCUAACAAGCUAGUCAUCAAGGGUGUGCGCCUGAAGCUCAUGUGGGGCAAGCCUCAAGCCCCAAGGCAAGAUGAUGACGAGGCUGGGAGGCAAGGCCAUGUAUCCCAUGGAGGAUUGCUCCCUAGGGCUGUCAUAUCCCAGCAGCAUAGCAGCGACCAGCCUCAGCCACCUGGGAUGGAGGGCCAACAGCAAGUGGCACCACAAGGAUCGGGCUACUUCAACAUCCCACCACCGCCAGCGGUGGAUCAGCGGAUGUACCCUUCAAUGGACCCACAGAGGAUGGGUGCUGUAGUCAGGUCGCAGGAAGGCGAUGGCAGCAAGGCAGGGCCACAGCAUGCCGGGCAAGCUCAGGCGUCAAGCAGCUCAGGACAGGGCUAUCCUAUGCGUCCGCCGCUGCCGCCUUACUACCAGGGUGCUCAGUACCCUCCAUACUACCCACCCCCACCAUAUGGCGGCGGUUACAUGGCCCCGCCUCGCAUGCCGUACCCACCCCAGUAUCCGCCAUACCGGCCAAUGCUGGCGCCCCCAGCACAGCAGCCACAAGGGAGUUCAUCCCAGCAGCCGGUACCAGCGCCGGCAGGGCAGCAGCAGGCUCAAGCACCUCCUGCUCAGCAGCAGCCACCGGCGGCGGCAGCCCAGAACUGAAGAAGCGGAGGAUGUCAGAACAACUGCAGGCGAUUGUAAACCCCUGGCUGGUUUUACCAGCUUUUGUAUUCCCAAAAUUUGUGAUUAGCAGUUAAACCUUUCGGAGUGUUGUUGCUUAUCUGGAUCUAUUAAAACUGACAGCUAUAGUGGGUUUUUAUUGAGCCACUAGAUUUUGUUUU